GUUUGGCGUCGUCGUAUUGAGAUAGGCUAAUCAGAUCUUCCUCUUGUUCCUCUGGAGUAUUGGCGUUGCCAUUUGUGUACACCUCCAGAAAUUCCAGGACUUCCUCUCGAAAGGGAUGAUCCGUACGGUAGUUGACCCUCGCCAACUGAAGGGGCGUGAAUCCACCGUCAUUUCUCACGUGGGCGCCCUCGGGGUACGCCUGGAGGAGGGCUCUCACUACAAAGGGCGGAGUUUGGCCGCCAUAGCAGGCCAGGUGAAGAGGCAGGUCACCGCAGGGGUUUUUCGUUUUUACCCAGCGCUGGCCGUCACUGGUUUGCAGCCGUCGGCGUAUCGCGGACCAGUUUUGCUGCAGGACUCUGUGGUGCAGCUUGGUUUGCGUGAGGCCCAUGAUUGAAAUGGUAUGUGUUUGCGGAAUACAAGGUUGUCGUGGAAAUAAUGUUUAUAUCACUGUUGUGUCAUCGCAUCAAACGUGUCAGCACCUAUGUCGAAAAGAGCAGAAUUGUUUUCUGCAAUCGUUUCAAAAACAAAUAUCUCCGGAGUGGACUUUCCCGUACUCGUUGAAUAAGCUCCCACGAACGAAACACACCUCUCUCUUAAGGAGACGAUAACGCGACGGUUUCGUCGGAAUGCGUUGCUGGGCUGCGCUGUACGGUGUGGUGUGUUAAUCGUGUUUCUCUACUUCUUCAAAUCGUAGUCGAACCAUCGUACAAAUCCAAAGUCUCAACACAUAUUGUACUUGCGAACCCCCUUAGAUAGAGAAAACAGAAAACAACUCAUCCUCAAUACUGUAGAUUGAUGAUGGUUAUUCGGUGGGAAAUGAUAGAAGCAAAGCGAUUUUGGUUUUAAAAUUCCGCUAUUCUUGCGGAAGAUUGAACGAUGAUGAUGGAGUUAGUUCUGGUAAGAACUGUAGGUAUUACUUUACUGUACAGUAAGUACUGUACUGUACUUCACGGUACGUGUUGGCUUGUUGCCUGCCCUAUUUCUAGUCAUUCUCAUAUCACUUCGUACUGAGCGUACGUACCGAACUGUAUGAAACUUGGCGAUCUUUUUUCAGAUAGGAGAUCCACGUCUCAAAAGAUUCAUCCAGUCGUGUAUAUGGGGGGGUUCUUCGUUGUCGCUUCAAUUUUCAAUGGAAGUACAGUAGUACCGUACGUUCGUACCGCAUACCGUUACGACUUCACGACCCCUGCUGCGGAGGCGAGCACGACGUAACGUACUUUAACAGCGACUUCGUACUCGUAGACGUUUCGUAUCGUUCGGUCUACAGUGCCGUACCUCCUCCUCCGGUUUUACCUCAGCAGUCCUGCCGAAACGCAUUAUCGAUUGAUGAAUCCAUUCAGAUACCGGAACUUCAGUCUGUUUUUCAUCUCUUGCACUGGAUUUUAUUCGAUCCAACCGGCGUCGUUCGAUCUGUUGGCACCCAAGGCAGGACAACCAUGCUUCGCGGGAUCGAUGGAACCAAGGUCGACAAAGACCACAAAAAGGAAGGGAACGACCCCAAGACAGCGGCCGAGGAAGAGGAGGAGCGCAUGGAACACGAAAUCCUCUUGGCGGUUUUGAAAGAGGGCCGCGGGGAACGCGACGAGCGGGGCGAAAGGGAGGAAUGGAGCCAGCACGUCGGAUGGCACCGAAAGGAAAACGUGGGCGUGUUGAAGCGGCAGCGCGCUUCUCGGGACCGUGGCGAGAGUGCCGGUCCACAACGGAAUGGUCUGGGACACAAUCUGAGAGCCGACAGACGCCAUAGCGAUCGCGGCCUCGACAACGACGAUCGGCUGCCCUCUUCGCUGCUGCAAAGCGGUGGGAAAUUGGUCGAAACCGGGGGCAAGCACGGAUUUGGUUCCCUCCACGGCAAAAGUGCCGAGGGGUCGCUGCCAAUGUCGUUGGUGUUGGCCCUUGCGGCACUUUUUCUGUUUUGUUUCGGCGUAUCGCUGAGAGUGCGAAACAAAGCUUCUAGAAGCCGGAUCGGAGGAUUUCGACGACGAAGCACGAAGGGGAGAACACUGUGAGGGACCGGCGACAGAAUGAGUUCCAGCAUGAAUCACCAUCCGGGAUUCAAUGCUCGAUUGAUGCUCGGAUUCGUUGUGGUGCGACAACCAUCKAUCCCCACGACGAUCGAGAUCGCUUUGCAGCAAUCGCUUCAACCGUAGCAAUUGCUGCGUCGCUGUGAGCAUCUCUGCCGUUUCCUUUCUCCGAGCCGAACAAAGGACGAAACGGAACAGCCGUGCCGAUCCAGGAAUGAACUUCGGUGGUAAGCCGAAAGACGCUAAAGAAAUAGACCUCGACGAUGGGCCUCCCAGUUUUUACGGGCACAAAUGAUUGCACCAUAAUGAUCGGCGGUCCUUCCGACGUUUUGGUAGACUGGCGACGUGAAUGGAGAACUUGAUGUUGGAGCGAAUGAAUCAAAAACCGACACUUUGGCUCUCUCGAGCAUAGUGGCCAUUGUUGCAGACCAAGCUAUUAGUUUUAGAAAGAGCUACUAGUAGAUCAACAUAUUUUGGUUUUGGUCCAUAUUUUUGCCAUGUCAUGGCUGGUGUGACAAGGAAAGGCAGACCGUCUGCGGUUUGUCAGUCUCGUUUCGGUUCAAAGAAUUUUUAUGGUCUGAAAUUUUCUCAUUUCUGUUCAAUGCAAAGGAAGUGUAUGCAGCAUUUCAAGCCACAAUGGAAUUGUGAAUUUUGUUUCAACAAGUGCUUCAUAAUGAUGUCAGGGACUCGUUUCAUCAAUGGAAUCAAUUGGAUGCAGUCCUGCAUUAUUUCUUCUUCUGCUGUUGGUUGCAGCUAGCAAAUCUUCAACGUCUUAUCCUGUCGCAACUCCUACUAAUUAGACAACUACUACAAGGAAUGUUCCCCUGCUGCCUCAUUGGUUCAACAAGAAGACAGCCCCCAUUUGAGAUGCUUCACAUUGCAACAACAACAACAAUAACAAGCAUAAGCAAGAGUGCAACAAGAACCCCUCUUCUCGACCCGUUCAUUUAUUUCUACUUGUAGUACUGCAAGUACUCUAUUUCCUUUUGCUUUCCUUUCCAAAGUGCUCCUUUCUGUCAAUAGAGAACAAGGAGAAAGGUGCAAGUUGAUAGGGCCAACAGCAGAAACCCAAUGCCAAUAAUUCCUGUGCUCUGGGAGGAACAAUGGACAUGCUACAAGCAAAAGAGGAAUGCUUCUAGUAGCUUCUUGCUUCUUGUUGCUCUCGAUGACUAGAGCAGGAGGAAUGGGUGUGGCACCGCUGCCACCACCAAGGACUUCAUUCUCUAGUAAUGUACUUCGUGCUAACAAGCUUUUCAGGCCCAUCGGGAACCUAUCCUCCAAUUACGUACGUACGUACGUACCGGUACUCAUAGGUACGUACUUACUCUUAGUCUUGGUUUUCGUGAAAAAUAGUUUUCGUUUUUGGUUUGGGGAAUACGAGUUCGUACCAGUAUGUACGUACUCUAUGUACAUACGAAUAGUAGAGGUACAUACCCACAAUGGCACUUUCGUAUCAGAGAUGACGCAUGUAACCGUGCGACGGCCAGUUUUUAUUAGGAAGCGACACGAUCGAUGUUCGAUCGUUGAUGGGUGGACUCGACUUCCGCCAUCAGAAACGCUUGGGAUCGGUGUCCUGCCGUGAUGGGUGGCGGUCAGCAGUGCUACUACUACUCGUACUUAAUGGGAGCCGAGAGCAGACCGCUGUUCUUGAUUGAUGAUUCUGCUUCUAAUCCAAACCAGCGAGUGAGUUCAAACACUUUGCUAUGCACAGUAUAUAUAGUACCAACGGAUCCAGAGAGACAACAAAGUCCUGUAUUGCAAUAGCUAGCUAACUAACAGCAACG